AAAUGAGUAAUCACCCAGCCUCGACCAGACCUCCCCAAUAAGCUUAACCAGCUGCUCCAUAACACCCAAUAGCCUACUCUCCUCCUAGAACCUAUGCACCACCAGUAGGAUUUGCAAGUCCUUCCUAUUUACCAAUUUAACAAUCUUAUGUUGGUUCACCAGUUCAAUACAUCCCAUAACCAGUAGCUGUUCAACCAGUUGCUGUUUAACCAGUUGCUGUUUAACCAGUUGCUGUUUAACCAACCUAAUAGGUCAUCAAGGGAGAAAGCAGAAUAGAGUAGAAAAUUUAGUAUAAUAUUUUUAGAUAUAUCCCUUAUGAAAAAUCAGUUAUUGAAUAUGAAGAAGUCAGAUAAAGAAUCUAGGUCCCAAGGGAAAAAUACGUAACAGAAUAUUAAGCCAUUGAAUAUCAAACAGAAUACAUUCCUCAGGUAUUCUAUGAUAAAGUUACAGGUAAUUAAUUAAUUAGUAUAUUUAGAAUACGUCCCCGUGGAUAGAUUUUAAGAUAGAGUAGAAUAUUACCCAGUUGAAAGACAAGUGGUUCAUCAACCAGUUCAAUAAGUGGUAGCAUAACCAGUUGUUUAAUCUGUUGUUCAAUAAGUUCCUUAAUAUGUUGCUCCAGUCUAAUCUGUUGUUCAACCUGUGUUCUAACAACCUCAAAUUUAAUAUGCGCCUUAUGUCUAACCUAAUUUUGCUCCUUCUAGAAUUGCUCCUAUCUCUUAUGCUCCUCCAUUGUCAUAUGGCCAUCCAGUAUCGCAUCCAAGAAGAAAUGUAAGUUUAUUUGUUAAUCAUUAGUCUCCUCCAGCAAAACCAUUACAUGCCUAAAAGCCAUAACCCUAAAAGGAAAAAAAGUCCUUUUUAGACAAUAUCUUUAGUUGAUAUUUAUUUAUGUACAGAAC